AUGAGAUCUAGCCAAAUCACCAACGCCCUUCUGGCGCUCUCCGUGCCCUUGCUGGCUGGCACCGCAUCGGCUUCUACUUUCGAGGCUCGCGAUGUCCAGCUCACGGCCCAGCAGAUCGAGGCCAUUGCCCCCACCUCCAACACCUGCGACGGUGCCCCGAUCCCCGAGGAGUGCGCAACCUCAGAGCAGGCGGCGCUGAACAUCGCCAAAUCCUUCGAGACCUACGAGGUUACUUCGCCUGCUGAACAGGCCGCCGUCAUCGGCCUGAUGGCCUUCGAGAGUGGUGAUUUCAAGUACAACCACAACCAGGGGAACCCCGGACAAGGCACUCGCAACAUGCAAUCGCCUGCGUUCAACGCCCAAUACGCGGCCUCGCUCACCAGCAUCGCUGACCAGGCCGUGGCCCUGGCCGCCGACCCGGUCGGCCUCCUUAACCUUCUAGUGGGCGACGAGACGAUCGACUUCGGUUCCGGCGCCUGGUUCCUCACCACCCAGUGCACCCCGGACGUGCGCACUCAGCUGCAGACCGGAUCGGCGGCCGGCUGGGCCGCCUUUGUCAGCGGCUGCGUGGGCACUGAUGCCAGCGGAGAUCGCCAGGCGUAUUGGCAGCGCGCGGCCGAGGCGCUGGGCGUCCAGACUGCUUAG